GCGGCGGCGGCGGCGGCGGCGGAGGCGGCGGCCACGGCAGAGCCAGUCGGCGACGCCACAGUCUGCAGCGGUCGCGCGCCCCGGCCGCCGGCAGCCAGCACUCUCUCCACACCAGACGCUCACAGCCGCUAUGCCGGCGUUCCCAGCGAGACUGGCGCCGCAGCCCCGGUCCGUCGCCAUCGUCGGAGGCGGGCUGGUGGGCUCUCUGAGUGCUUGCUUCUUUGCGAAGAGAGGAUUCCAGGUUGAUCUCUAUGAGUACAGAGAAGACAUCCGGCGGACGGAGCACGUGCGCGGCCGGACCAUCAACCUGACGCUGUCGGCGCGCGGGCAGGCGGCGCUGCGCCGGCUGGGCCUGGAGCGCGCCCUCGUGGCCGAGCACGGCGUGGCGCUGCGAGGCCGCAUGCUGCACCACGCCACCGGCGUCCUCACCGCCGUGCCCUACGACCCCGUCGACAACCAGUGUAUAUACUCUAUCAGCAGACGUUACCUCAACGAAGUUUUACUGACAGCCACUGAGAAGUAUCCAAAUGUGAGGCUGCACUUCAGGCAUAAACUCGUAGCAAUCAACUUCAAGGAAAACCAGAUGACAUUUCAAGUUGGCGACGAGAACUCGCAGGUGCAGAGGUCCGCAUCGCUGGUGGUGGGCGCCGACGGCGCCUUCUCCGCGGUGCGCCGCCAGAUGAUGAAGGCGCCGCUGUUCCAGUACAGCCAGCGCUACAUAGAGCACGGCUACCUCGAGCUCUGCAUACCGCCCACCGCCGACGGAAAGUUUGCAAUGGCUGAGCAGUACCUGCAUGUUUGGCCCCGAGGUUCCUUUAUGAUGAUCGCCCUGCCCAACCAGGACUGCUCAUGGACUGUAACUCUCUUCAUGUCCUUUGAACAAUUUGAAGCACUUGACACGACCAAAGCACUGCUAGACUUCUUUGGACAACACUUUCCUGAUGCACUCCCACUCAUUGGGACUGAGCGGUUAAUCAAGGACUACUUCUCCACAAAGCCUUCAUCACUCAUCUCCAUUAAGUGCAAUCCCUACCACGUUGGCAGCUCAGUUAUUAUAGUUGGAGAUGCAGCCCAUGCAAUGGUUCCCUUUUACGGACAGGGAAUGAAUGCGGGUUUUGAAGAUUGCUUAAUACUGGACAACUUGAUGCAACAGUACAAUGAAGAUUUCUCUAAAGUUCUUCCUAAAUAUUCAGAGAUAAGAAACAAAGAUGCAGAAGCAAUCUGUGAUCUAGCAAUGUACAAUUACUAUGAAAUGCGACAUCUAAUGAACCACAAAUCAUUCUUAUUGAGGAAGAAAUUGGACAAUGCACUCUACCAAAUAAUACCCAAACUAUGGAUUCCACUGUACAUAUCAGUUACGUUUACUAGUGAAGGAUAUUCCUGGUGCCUGAAGAACAAGUAUUGGCAGGAUAAGGCAAUACGUGCUGUUCUCGGGGUUUUUGGCAUGAUAAUGCUGUUAGUGGUAGUAUUAUUUAUAUUCUUUUUUAUUCAUGCUAUUAUUGAAACACCCUGUAAACUUUUUAUUGUACCAGAAUUAUGACACAAUGACACAAUGAUAUCAGAUUUCCAGGCAGAAAUCUUGCACUGGCCAACAAACACUGCCAAAUUCAACAAAGUCAAGUCUGUGAUAAUAUAUUAUUUACACUGCCUCAUAUAUCACCCCAAGUGAUUCACUGACAUGAUACUAUUGUUCAUGCACAACACAUUCCCAAAACAAAAAGCUCAGAAUACUGCUCAUUUAUACAGUGUGUAUUUAUAGCAACAUUUUCUUAAUAUUGUAUAUGUUUCAUGCUUUUUGUUAAAUUUGUGGUAAAUACAUUGUUAUUACUGUAAUAAAUCAAUUCACCAAAAAUACCAUUACUAAAAUAAUAAAGAUUUUGAAAAAAAAGGCAUUCUGUUUAAGAAGAUGGUGGCUUUGUUUAUUUUUGACACAAUCAGAUUUUAUGACACAAACAUUCCAUGAUGAUGCCAAAUAAAAAGCUUAUAGUAAGACCUUAAAACAAGUAAAAAUAUUUUCACUAGGUCUACUUGUGAGUUGAGUAAAGUUCUAUUAAAAUACAUGUUGGUCAUAACCAUGGAUGGCAUUGGGUGAACAAAUAUUCAUGAGUUGUCAUACUAAACAUAGUACCAAAAAAUGAGGGAAUUAUAGACACAACUACGUAUACUUUUAUUUCCCUACUCUUUGUCCUAGAUGCAUGCAUCCUGUGUGAGACAACCUUCACUUAUAAAGACCAUAAAAUAUGACACAUUUACAAUAAUAUUUCUAUCAAUUAUUCAUAAAAUAUAAUAAUAGGCUACAGAUUGUUAAAGCAGUAAAACCAUAUUCAAAACAGAGUAAAGUCUUUACAAUAAAAGGACCAAAGGAGUAAUCCUUGUGGUAGAUAUGUCAAAGGGUUGAUGGCAUUACACUUCAAGCUACUAGAAGUUUACACUACUGUCUAUCAGAAGAGACAACAUAGACCAGAUGACAAGGGUGGCUUUCUGUUGUAGCUCACUUGCACUCCUCUUCUAGCUGGGUGAAGCAUAGCAAAUAUCUAUAUUAACCAGUUAGAAAAGACCUUUUUGAAGGUUCCUUCAGACAUUAUUAGCCACACAGUAUAGAUAAAAGGUACACUGAUGACUCAGUCAGUCAGCACAGAGGGAAAAGAAUGCAAAUACAGAAGUUGGCUAGAAAAAGUGAAACGAUCGUGUGGCGUUGAUGGCUGGGAGGCCCUGUCAGGGGAAGCUCGACAUCCGGGUUGCAAGUCAUAUUUCAGGUAACGUCACAUUGUACGACUUGCACGUCAAGAUGAAAUGAUGAUGAAGACAACACAACACCCAGUACACAAGUCGAGGAAAGCCUCCUACCUGGCAAGAAUCGAAACUGGACCCACAGCAUGAUACGCAAACAUGUUACCAUUCAGCUAAGCAGGGGGACAGUCAGCUAGAAAGUUGAGCAGCAUGCAUUCCAAAAUCAAAUUCACAACAGAAUCUAAAAUAAACAGAAAGAUAAUACAUUUUUUAAAAAAAAUUUCACCAUUUCAAAACAAAAACAGACAUGCAUUUCAAAUAUAUAGCAAACCACCAUGUAUGGACGUGUUUAACAAUUUCUAAUCUGUUCAUCCUCUGUCAGAAACAAGCAUAUUUUACCCUAUGGUACAUACUGUACAGUAAAUCAAUAACAGUAAUAAAUGAAAAUAUAAUAAGCAAGGGUGGACAAAAAUAUGGUAACACCAAAAACAUAACACAUUACAAUGGCUGAUAUGUUGUUAAAAAAGUGCUGCUUUUCGAGACAGCUUCAGUCAUCUCCAAACAGAUAAAUACAGGUACUGUAUGGUUUUCAAGAUAAUCUUAUACCAUUCUUCCUGCAAAAUAAUGGUAAGUUCAGUAAUGAUGAUGGACCUGGAUAAUGAUCAUGUGCCCUUCUCUCCAAAGGAGACCACAAAGGCUCAACAUUAUUGAAUCUGGUGACUGCAGCAGCCAGGGAAGAUGCUACAAUUCGUUGUCUUGGUACUUACCAUCACCAUUGGGGAACAAAUGUGUCAUGGGACGGGCCUGAUCAGCCAAAAUGAUCACAUAACCCUUGGCAGUGAUGCCACAUUGCAGAGUGUCCGUGGAAUACCAUGAUAUGGCUGCCAAAAUCAUCACCGAAAACUAUUAAGUUUUGCUCUUGAAAUGUAAGCUCAACCAUCUGACCAGAUGAUUUUCUUCCAUAGUUUCAAACUCCCGGUUUUACAGAUUUUGUACCAUGUUUUCCUGUUAUGAACAGUUGCAUCUCUGAUGAGUGGUUUUGAAAUUCAAGCUCACGCUGCAGUUCCCUGCUUAUGGAGUUCCCCUCAUGUUUCAGUGCUGGCAGGAUUUGCAAGUGCAACAUUUAGUUCUGCUGUUACAUUUGCAGCUGUUGGCCUCUUAUAUUUUAUCACAGUCCUCUUGAAUAAUUGUCUGUCAUGAUCACUCAAACACACACUUUCAUGCAUUGUGGUUUAGCAAAUUAUGUUUUUUAAUUUCUUGAUAUGCAGUAUAAAUCUCCAACAUGGUGCCUUUUCAAGCACCAAACACCUCAGCUACUUGGCAUCCAUCAUGUGAGCACCAACAACUUGCUCAUGUUCAGAUUCACUUAGCCAUGGCAUAAUGCACUCACAACUUCACAGAAUGCUGUUCUGAUCAAGUUGACACCUGCAACAUAUUGAGGGCAUUCCAAAGGUGUUGUUCAUGGUCAAAUGCUACAACACAAUGUGCAGACUAGGCUAACAUCAGCAGUUAUGUUCAAGAAUGCAUUUCUCAUGGUGUUUCCAUAUUUUUGUCCAACCUCCAUAAUAUCAGCAGCAGAAGAAAACACAUAUAAAAGUUGGGACAUGAGCAAACUUUCAGAGCCUGUGACUCCUUUUUCUGGGAGAAGUAUCAAAGAGAAAGGCAGAAGAAUAAAGGAAAAGAUUGGCAAGAGUUAGGAAAUAGGGAAAGUUACAAAAAGUCACCCCAAGCCUUUGGUCAGGGCAGACAUACUGGAUGGAAUGAGAAGGAAAGACUGUAGAAUAAUACAGCUUUCAUUACACCAAGCAGAAGCAAAGAAAGAAAUUGACAUAUCUGGAAAUUGUGAACACCAUAUACAAUACAAUUAAAAAGAAGAUAAAGUAGAGAAAGAAACUACGUAUGCAGAUGCCAUAAGGUCAAGUAUGCAAAACACAGUAUAAAAUUAAGCAUGUAUCCAGAAAAGUGCAGUUACAAUUGUAUUCAGGAUAUCAGACAACAUAAAAACCCAAUUGCAUCAUAACUUGUUACAUAAGAAUAAUAAAUAUGGGAUAUCUGAGGCCUAUAAAAUAUCAUGCCAUGACUGAAGAAACUUUUAUUGGCCAGACAUGAAGGUCGAUCGACUUGUGAUUUAAGGACCACACCAUGCCGACAAUAACAAAGCAUUAGACUUAUAUAUGCAAAAGGAGGGACACAAAAUUGGUAAGACUCUGAACAACUAUAAUUUUAUGUAAAUUGAAAAAAGUGAAUGGUCAGAUAACAAAAAAAAGUAAGAUUUGUAUUACAAAGUAGAAGGAAAAGAACAAACUCCUCAAUGAGCAGACUGAGUUUGCAACAGAUGCUCAUUUUGAUAUUUAUGGCAAUCUAUUUAGUUGAGAUACCACUGUGUCUUGCAUGUUUGCUCCAACAGAUAAUUUGGCCUUCAUGUGACAGAAUGCUGCACUAUGGCAUCUGGACCAUGUUUUGACUUCUGAGUAACUAAUGUGAAAGAGUUGCAGCCAGGAGUGCCAGUGAGCUACAGAAGAAAGUUAUCCUUGUCAUCCAGUCCAUAUAGCCUCCUCUGAACUUAAAGGCAGUAGCCUAAAAAUUUAGCAACAUGAAUUGCAGCACCCUCAGCCAUUUGAAAUGUGUACCAUAAGGAUUGCUCCUUUGUUCCUUUUAUUCUAAAGAUGUUACUUUGUUAUGAAUUUGAUUUUACUGCUUCGGCAACUUGUAGGCUAAUUUUAUAUUUUACAAAUAACUGACUAAAAUAUAUUGCAAAGCUCUCAUAUUUUACAAUUUUUACAAGUAAGUAUUGGUUUAUAGAGAAUGCAUGCAUUUAACACAAAGACUAGGGAAAGAAAAGUAUACCUACUUGUAUCUAUAAUUCCCUAAUCUUUGGUAUUAGUCUUAGUAUGACAAUGUAUGAACAUUUGUUCAUCAAAUUCUGUCCAUAGGUAUGAUCCACAGAUAUUUCUGCAGUACUUAAGUCAAAAGUAGACAUAGUGAAAAUAUUUUUACUUGUUUAAAAGUCUAAACAGAAGCUUUUUUACUUUUCCUAUUGUACCAUUUGAAGAUUGCCAUUGUGAACCAAAACUGAUUACAGUUGCAUCAUAAAAAGUGAUCAUGACAACAACAAAUAAAACUUUACAGCAAUGGAAGAAUGUAAUUAUUUAUGUCAUAAAUAUACCGUAUCUGGAUUUCUGAGAGUAAAAAUGUAUGUGUGUACACAAGUACAAAAAUGAGUCAUAUGUUUGUAACAUUGCCACAGAUAUCAGAAACAAUCACCAACAACAGCAUAGAGAAAGCAUCUAGCAAUUUUCUCCAAAGUAUACACAUGGAGAAUGACAGCCCCAUGAAAAACAGCUACAUUUUCCUAAUGUUGUGGUCUACCUGGACAACAUAUUCUAUGUUUGAUCAGCUUAAAAAAUAGUCAACAGCUUUAAUUAUGGAUAGUUAUUGUUCAAUGAUCUCAUUUAAAAGUGCAGGCAGUCAAAUCAUUGUCACUAAAUGUUAUUUGAGUGAAGCACUGUGAAAUGCUGAGCACAAAUAAUUAAAAACAUUAUUGCAAAUAGUCGCAAUAAAAUGUAACUAGCUCUAAUGGCUAAAUUUCAGAUAAUUAACUUGCUGAUAAUCAGUGAUCCUGAUUGAGGUGUGUAACUCGGAUUUGUUGUAUUUCCCCCACCACAAACAAUAUCUGGGUUCAUGUAUGUCAGACAAUUUGUGUCAAAUUAAUCAAAUGAGUGAUGAAGCAGAAACAGUAAAAAUACUUUUAAAACUUGUUUAUUGAAUCACAAAUUGACAAAAACAGACAUUGGUUUUGUGUCUAAAACAUGAAACAGGUGUGACAGAACCAUGACUAUUGCCAUUGCUCCUAAUAUAGCUUCCAACAAUAAAAAAUUGUAUUGUACAUUGUUUCAAUCACAUUUAUUUGAGUUUACAAUUAAGAUUUCAAUACUUUUACAAAAAUGGUUAUGGAAUUUGGCAAUACAAAUCAUUGCAAUGUUUUUGAAUUCAUUAGCAUGUCAAAAUAUUAUUAAGUUCAUGACAAAAUAAUGUGAAAUACGUGUUCAUAAUUUUUGGUGAUAGUUUUAUAGGUACAAAAUGGUUUCUGUUCCUAACAUAAAUCCUGUGGCUUAACAGUUAGCUGUAACAUAAUUAUUACUUUGCUACAUACUAAUUUUGUGAUUAAUAAAGUGGACUUUGUUUACAUUGAUUUUGACAAUUUUCAGUUCGUGGUUUGAUAACUUUACAAAUUAAUUACAGUGUAUCUUAGUUGUUGGUACCAGUACAUUUCAAGCUGAUUUAUUUCAACAAUACAGUAAUCCAAUAAUGAUACAAUACAAACUCUUUCAUUUUUGUAACUUUGCAGCCUAGUAUCGGAUACUUUGUUGUCAUCAGACUCGUAGUUUUUGUUAAAUGUUG